UCCAGGAAGCGUAUUGGAUGCUAGUUGAAGUGAAGCGCCGUUGGUUGCAGCUAAAGGGUGUUUAGUUUUAACGGGGGCUGAAAUGUCGUCUAAAAUGUCAACAGGGUCUCAGCUGGAGAAUGCUAACCCUGUUAUCUUCCAGCGGUCCGGGGAGAGACUGCUCACGGCGUCCGAGGAGGAUGAAGACGUUCACGACCCCAUCGACGACAGAGAAAUAUUCGAUCUGAUCAGAUCCAUCAAUGACCCAGAACAUCCUCUGUCUCUGGAGGAGCUCAAUGUAGUGGAACAAGUUCGAGUCAAGGUUAAUGAUGCAGAGAGUACUGUGGGUGUUGAGUUCACACCGACAAUCCCUCACUGCAGCAUGGCGACACUCAUCGGUCUGUCAAUUAAAGUCAAGCUUCUGCGCUCCCUGCCGGACAGGUUCAAAAUUGAUGUUCAUAUAACUCCUGGGACGCAUGCCUCGGAGGAAGCAGGUAAAACACUUAUAUAGUGAACAAACAGCUUGCAGACAAAGAAAGGGUGGCUGCAGCAUUGGAGAACUCAUCUUUGCUGGAGGUGGUCAACCAGUGCCUUUCCACCAGGAGCAUCUGAGCAUUUCUGUAGUUAUCAAGCUUGAACCACUAAUUUUUCCAGCACAACUCUGAACAGGAGGACAUUUUUCAUGCAUUUACCCUGGGAUGCUUCUCCCAAGCUUCAUAUGCUUUCCCUUUUAGUGACUGAAGAGCUACAACUGCUUUACAGUGAAGCAGAAAACAAUGGGGAUCAUAAAAAGUCCUGAAGACAUGGUGAGAUGCGUUUAGAGAAAACCACAACAUCAUUAGCUGAGUGGGAAAAUGGAAAAACUGCACAAGUCUAUUAUGUUCAUUUUUAAUAGAAGUAUAUUUGAAGUCUGCAGCAUCAUCUGUCACUUGUAUAUAAUGCUUCUGAAGUUUUAAUAAAUGUGUACAGAUCUGUAAUAGUUUUUUUCUCCUUGUAGUUUAUUUUAUCUGAUAAUAAAAAAAUGUAAUUUUG